AGAGGAAGCGUUGCUGCAUGCUCUCGUGACAAAAGAAGGAGCGACAACAGGCGCGUUCGUUCCUCCGCUGAACACGUGUAGCUUUUUACAGGGGACUAUUUUAGAUUUCAAUUACAUUUAUAAUAGCUUGAGCUUAAUUUAUGUCACUGUGUUUAUGGCACUCCAGUUCUUUUCGUUUUGUAUUUAAAAAUAAUUGAUCAUGAAUUAAACUUAAUUGCAUUUAACUCGUGAACAGGGAGCCCUCGUGCGUUGCAGUCCCCCACCUGUUUUUUUGGAGUGGAGAAAGGAGGUGCUUAAGUAGAAGUUGUUGGCCCGCCUGUGAGCACAGAGGAACGGUAGACCAAGGUGAUGCAACUUCCAUUUAAACCUAAUACUGGCAGAAGAAAACACUAAUAAAGAACAUCACACUCAAGGCAACAGACGCAAGCUCACCUUCACGCAUAGAAAAGUUUCUGGAUUAGGGCAGAAUUGACACAAAGCACCGACGCCACUCCAGCGACACUCGCAAGCAACGCAGAAGAGGCAACGAGGGGGGACCGAGACACUCGUGCGGACGCCGCCUCAGAAAACUACAGCGAUAGCGAGAGGCAGACGAGUCCAUCCCGAGAGAGAGAGAGAGAGGCAGAGAGGCUGGGGAUCUUUGCCGACGAGGUCCCUGAAGGAUGGAAGAGAAGCAGUUUGCCGGGAUCCUGAACGGAGCAGUUCCAGGAGAGCCAGUGAAGAAGGAUGAAAACUCCCGGAGAGGGAACUGGGGCAACCAGAUCGAGUUUGUCCUCACCAGCGUGGGCUAUGCCGUGGGCCUGGGCAAUGUCUGGAGGUUUCCCUACCUCUGCUACAGAAACGGAGGAGGUGCCUUCAUGUUGCCGUACUUCAUCAUGCUGGUGUUCUGCGGAAUUCCACUCUUCUUCCUCGAGCUGUCCUUCGGUCAGUUCGCCAGCCUCGGGUGUCUGGGAGUAUGGAAGAUCAGCCCUAUGUUCAAAGGCGUGGGCUAUGGCAUGAUGGUGGUGUCCACCUACAUCGGGAUCUACUACAACGUGGUCAUCUGCAUUGCCUUCUACUACUUCUUCAUGUCCAUGACUAGCUUGCUGCCGUGGACCUACUGCAACAACCCCUGGAACACGCCGGACUGCAGCGGGGUGUUGGGUAACAGUCGGUUCAAUGCCAGCCUGGCUAACGCUACGACCAGCCUGGUGGCCGGGGUGUCCGAGGUGGUCAACCGCACCAAGAGGACCAGCCCCAGUGAGGAGUACUGGAAACACUAUGUGUUGAACAUCUCUGAUGACAUUGGGAACUUUGGAGAGGUCCGUCUCCCUAUCCUAGGCUGCCUGGCUGUGUCCUGGUUUGUCGUCUUCCUCUGUCUCAUCAAGGGCGUUAAAUCCUCUGGAAAGGUUGUUUACUUCACAGCCACAUUCCCCUAUUUGGUUCUGACCAUCCUGUUCAUCCGUGGCAUCACCCUGGACGGAGCCAUCAACGGUAUCAAGUACUACCUGACUCCACAGUGGCAGAAGGUCCUCGAUGCAAAGGUGUGGGGAGAUGCGGCGUCACAGAUCUUCUACUCCCUGGGCUGUGCAUGGGGUGGUCUCAUUACCAUGGCCUCCUACAACAAGUUCCACAACAACUGUUUCAGAGACAGCAUCAUCAUCAGCAUAACCAACUGUGCGACCAGCGUGUAUGCCGGCUUUGUCAUUUUCUCCAUCCUGGGCUUCAUGGCACACAACCUGAACGUGCCCGUGUCAGAGGUGGCCGACCACGGCCCGGGCCUGGCCUUCGUGGCCUACCCAGAAGCCCUCACUCUGCUGCCCAUUUCACCGCUGUGGUCGCUGCUCUUCUUCUUCAUGCUCAUCCUUCUGGGACUGGGGACUCAGUUCUGUCUGCUGGAGACCCUGGUGACGGCUGUCGUGGAUGAGAUCGGUACGGACUGGAUCAUCCGGAACAAGACUGUUGUCACACUGUCAGUGGCCAUCAUUGGAUUCUUACUGGGAGUGCCACUAACGACACGGGCGGGAAUCUAUUGGCUGCUGCUGAUGGACAACUAUGCUGCUAGUUUCUCUUUGGUCGUCAUCUCCUGCAUCAUGUGCAUCUGCGUCAUGUAUGUUUAUGGCCACAGGAACUACUUUAGAGACGUUGAGAUGAUGCUGGGCUUCCCUCCUCCUCUCUUCUUCAAAGUCUGCUGGAGGUUCAUCUCCCCGGUCAUUAUCUCUUUCAUCUUGAUCUUCACUGUGAUCCAGUACAAGCCCAUCACCUACAAUAACUAUGUGUAUCCGGGCUGGUCUCUGGCUAUCGGCUUCUGCAUGGCUCUGUCCUCAGUGAUCUGCAUACCCGUCUAUGCCCUCUACAAGAUCUCAAGGUCCCCAGGAGCCACCUUCAGAGAGCGGUUGAAGUUCGCUUGCCGGCCACACCCAACGUGGGGCCCUGCCCUGCAGGAGCACCGGAUAGGCGUCUACGCCCCCAUGGCCUCCGAAGACACGGUGGAGUCCCGCCCCCUCAGGGAGAAGGAGGAGCUGAAGGAGGAGUUGAAGGAAGAGCUGAAGGAGGAUCUGAAGGAGGAGGAGGAGAAGGAGAGGAGGGAUGAGAUCAGCCUCACCAUCCAGGGAAGCAACGGCUCCACCAACACACACAACAACCCCAACCCCAGCGCAUAGACGGCACCACGCCCUGUCAGCGCCUUCGGGCACGGCCCCCACCCCUCUACCGUGCCCCGCCAUCUCUUCCCUCUCGUCAUCCCUCCUCCAUCCUCACCCCACUUUCCCACAGACCUCUGUGGGGGAGAUCCCAUUCGCUGGAGACCUUUACAUAUUGUAAGGGCUUAUUAUAUCUAUCCUAACCUCUUCUAUCUAUCUAUCUAUCUAUCUGUGUGUUGUCUCUAGAUAAACGAAGAAGGAA